AGUUUKUGUGAAGUAAAYCUAAAGAAAAAUGCCUCCAAAACCCGCUGGAGUUGGAAAGAAAGGCGAAAAGAAAGCUGGMAAGAAAGCCGCUUUGGGAGACAAGAAGAAGAGGUCUCGAAGACGAAAGGAAACUUACUCGAUUUAUAUCUACAAAGUCAUGAAACAAGUCCAUCCCGACACUGGUAUCUCUAGCAAAGCUAUGUCCAUCAUGAACUCUUUCGUUCAGGAUGUCUUCGAGCGCAUCGCUGGCGAAGCAUCGCGCCUCGCUCACUACAACAAGAAAUCGACGAUUACUUCACGCGAAAUCCAGACAGCCGUUCGUCUCCUUCUUCCUGGUGAAUUGGCCAAGCACGCUGUAAGCGAAGGCACCAAAGCCGUAACCAAAUACACCAGCAGCAAGUAAAUCAACCAAGAAAAACUUAUAACAACAGCUCCUUUAGGAGCUACCACAUAUGUGAAAGAAAUGAUCUAAUGCAAAAGGAACAUGUCUGAACAUUUUCGCCAAUCUAGUAUUGGCAAUCGACUUGUAAAUAGCGUUCUUUCCGACCUAUAAAAAAGCCCUCGAUCUCUUAGUUUAUUUUAACAAUAGUUUUGUCGCAUUUUACAAUAAUUGACAAGGACAAGAAGAAUUUUCACUUGUGUUUAUGUUAAGAUAAUUGACUAUAGUGAUAAAUAACACGAGAAACAUGUCUGUUACACCGAGAUGUGAUAAUCGAAAGUCAAAAAUAAAUUGGAAAUGUAAUGUUA